AUGAGCGCUCAAGGAAACGUCAACGCGUUCGCACAGUAUCCGCUUAUUGCAAGCGCGUUCGUCGCUGAUUAUUAUAAUAAAAUGAGUCGCAAUAGAGCAGAAGUCGUCAACCUUUAUCAUCCGGAAGCGAUGAUGACGUAUGAAGGAGAAGAAUAUUUUAGGCGAGACAAAGUUUCGGAAAAGCUGGCGAAAUUACAAUUCUCAAGUUGUGAAUUUCGAGCGCAGACUUUUGAUGCUCAUCCUGUUUCUGUGAAUCAGAUCUUUGUCAUGAUUACUGGGAUGUUACUGGUUGAUGGAGAAACCAACCCUACACGUUUUGCACAGUUUCUAACUCUUGAAGUAUACGAUUUUGUUCCACCACGGACCGAAGCAGAACUUGGUGUGGUCUCGGCUUUGAUAAGGAACGAUAUUUUCCGUUUGAAUUAUGGUUGA